AUGGGACAUCCAGGCAGAGACCGAACGACUUCACUUAUCACUGAACACUUCUAUUGGCCAAGGAUGAGGAACGACAUCCAAAGAUGGAUAGAGGAGUGCGACCGAUGUAUGAAGUUCAACACUCCUACGAACCAGAAAGCUGCACUAGUCAACAUCCAAACGUCAUUCCCCCUUGAACUGGUAUGCAUGGAUUAUCUAACCAUCGAGCCAUGUAAAGGUGGAGUCCAAAACAUCCUAGUCAUGACGGAUCACUUUACCAAGUUUACAGAAGACUGGAACCAGACUGCCAAGACCACUGCUGAUGUUUUUUUUAACAACUUCGUCAUUCCCUACGGACUUCCAACGAAGAUCCACUCAGACCAAGGAGCAAACUUCAUGAGCAAGCUACUUCAGGAGCUUUGCAGUUUGACAGGAAUUUCAAAAUCCCGUACCACUCCUUAUCAUCCACCACUCCUUAUCAUCCAAUGGGAAACGGCAUCACAGAGAGUUUGCUUUAGGUACCGUACCACUAACAGAGAGACUCCAGAUGACCAGAAGGAGGACGCUCCUGAUGACGUCAUAGUCAUAUCGCAUGAGGAACCUGGUCCAGAGUCAGAAAUAAUGUCAGAGACGCCAGAUGGUUUAUCAGAAUUAUCCAUUGAGGAACCUGAUCCUGAGGAUGACGAAAACCAGUCUGAGCCAGAUCCUACUCUUCCAAAUACACCACAACCUCCCCCAAAAAUUCACAAGAGUUCGAGUAAAACCAAAGUGGACCAAAGAUUAUGUAAUGUCACAGCAGUUGACCAUACCAGAUUGGAUGCAGAGAGCCACUUACUUACAGAAACUAAUAAAUACUGGAACCUUACAAGACAGACUCUUGGCAAAUCAGGCGCUUGUUUGAACUUUAUAUGGUGA